CUCAUUCGUCCUUUCUCAAAGCAAAAGUUUCCCUUUUAAUCAAACAUAGCAAAAUUCUCUCUACCCUCUCUCUCUCUCUCUCUCUCUCUAAAACUGAUAUUACUCUCUCUACCCCUCUCUAGAUCUAUCGAUUGCUUUCACUAUUUUGGUCAAAACCCUACCGAUCAUUGCGAAUUUCAACAAUUUCUCGCAAUCCACAAGAAUUUCACCAUCAAUCUGAUCCGCCAUGGCUCGACUUCGCCCUUUGGAGCUCUGUCCUUUCUUUCGGUAAAUAGCAUCAUCAUUUAAAGAAAUAUUAGAUUUUUUUUUUUUUUUUUUUUUUUAAUCAGAGGCUUUUGCAUUGUUUGUUAUCCAAUUAAUCGGUAAAAUUUUAGUUCUUUGAGCACUUCCAUAUAUUCUUUCAAAUGUUUUAAUGGUAGUUAGAGGUUGUUGAACUUUAAAUUUCGUUCUUCAGAAGAUGAUUCUGGUAUGAACUUUGGUUGCAAUUGGUGGUAAAGAGCGGAUUCCAUGUCAUUUUAGAGCCUAAGUUUGUUUGUUUGUAAAGAUGGCUCGUACUACUUUUGAUACAAUGAGGGGAACUCCACCUGGAAUUUUGCUUAUAAGAAGCAUUAGAGCCAGGGAUUGGGGCCUAAAAACCUAUAGAUACGUGGUUUUGUUAGUUACAUUUAUAGCAUAUGCCUGUUACCACGCAUCUAGGAAACCCAGUAGUAUAGUCAAGAGUGUUUUGGAUCCAGAAACCCAAGAGGCCAACCAGUUGUAUUCUUGGCCAAUUGGUGAAGUUUUCAUCAAGAGGAAAUUGUUGGGUGGUGAAAUGAAGAGAGACAAAAACAAGGGUUGGGCACCAUUUAAUGGACCGGAUGGGACAUCGAAAUUGGGUGAGAUUGAUGUUGCUUUUCUUGCUUGUUAUUCGCUAGGAAUGUAUGUUGCUGGACAUCUAGGUGAUACUCUGGAUCUUCGGUUGUUUUUGACUACUGGGAUGAUUGGGAGUGGCAUUUUUGUUGCACUUUCUGGGAUGGGCUAUUUUUGGAAUAUUCAUGUGUUUUGGUUCUACCUGGUUAUGCAAAUGCUGGCCGGCUUAUUUCAGGCGACUGGAUGGCCUUCCGUUGUGGCUGUUAUUGGUAAUUGGUUUGGCAAGAGGAAGAGAGGAUUGAUAAUGGGGAUUUGGAAUGCUCAUACUUCUGUGGGGAAUAUUACUGGGUCCCUUCUUGCUGCUAGUGUUCUGCAGUAUGGUUGGGGCUGGUCUUUCAUACUUCCGGGUGCCCUUAUUUUUCUGGGAGGGAUAAUGGUAUACCUAUUCUUGGCUGCUUAUCCUGAAGAUGUUGGAUUUCCUGGCCUACACGAUUCGCCGGCAAAUGCACAGACAGUGCCCACUGCAGAGACGGUGCACGGUGAUGUAGAAGCUCAGACAAGGAAGGAUUUUGUUGAAGGAAAAAUGAAUACUGUCAAUCUAUCUGGGUCUGUGAGUAGGAAAAGUGUGGGGCUUCUUGAAGCUUGUUUAAUACCUGGAGUAAUACCUUUUGCAUUGUGCCUCUUCUUCUCAAAGCUUGUGGCAUAUACGUUUCUGUACUGGUUACCGUUUUAUCUAAGUCAGACAGCUAUUGGUGGGGAGUAUGUAUCUGUGAAGUCUGCUGGAAACCUUUCCACUCUUUUUGAUGUAGGGGGCAUCGUUGGUGGAAUUCUAGCUGGUUAUAUAUCUGAUAAACUCAAUGCUCGGGCUACUACUGCAGCCAGUUUCAUGUAUGCGGCAAUCCCUUCGAUGCUCAUUUACCGCGCGUAUGGGAAAAUAUCAAAGACUGUUAACAUUAUACUUAUGAUGAUCGCUGGUUUAUUCAUAAAUGGCCCUUAUGCACUUAUCACAACUGCAGUCUCAGCAGAUCUUGGUACACACAGCUCUCUGAGAGGGGAUUCUCGAGCGCUGGCAACAGUCACUGCCAUUAUUGAUGGUACAGGGUCUGUUGGUGCGGCCCUGGGUCCUCUUCUUACUGGGUUCCUUUCGACAAAGGGUUGGGAUUCAGUUUUUCUGAUGUUAAUGAUCGGUGCUCUUAUUGCCGGUCUUCUUUUAUCUCGCUUGGUCAUAACUGAACUCUCUGAGAAAACUAGCUCGAGUAUGCCUUUAUCCGGUGGCCAGCACACUGUUGGAGCUUCUGAAUCCCGACCCCUCUUAAGUGACCAGAAGUGAAUCAGAUAUUGGUCUCGUGAAGCAUAAAAAAUGCUGAGUAAAUUAACAACAUAUUCUAGACAUGUGAGUGGCAUAAUAAUUGUGUGAAAUAACAAAUAGAAUUUUUUUGUAUUUGUGAAAUUUUACUGGCCUGUUUGGAGAUCAUAAUGAAAAUUUUGGUAUUCAUAUUUGUAGUUCUAUAUGUAAACUGAUGUUCAGUGUGUAGAAGAACUUCUUGCUGGCUUUUCAAGUGGAUAUACUUUCUUUAGCCACUGAUUUGUAUUGUUGUGCUGAAAAUGGUAAAGUUGAUAUACUUUCUUUA